AUGACUGUUUUGUACAUAGGAAAAGGAGUGCUGUUUUUAACAGAAAUUCUCAUAGCUAUGAAUCGUUUCACAGUUUUCCGUUUUCCAUUCCAUCAUCAGCAGCUGUGGUGCCAAACGUCUAUUAUUAUCGUAUGCGUAGCAGUUUGGACAAUCUCCAUCAUUGCGUCGCUGCCAUUUGUUUUCAGCAGUGAUCGUGUAAAGUUUGUAUUUGCACCAAAUGGUAUUCUUCAAAUGUAUGGGGGCACUGCUUACGACUCCAUUCAUUCUGUCGUGUUACUAUCUCUCGUUGUGAUUAUUUGUACUACACUUUACUGCAGCGCACUACGGUACACUCGCAACAAUCUCACCUCGAGCAAGCUAACGGUACUGGAUCGUAAUCUUUUGUUAUGCGCUCUAUUCUCAGCUCUACCCAUUUUGGCUGAGUUGGUGAGAAGUGUUAUUGGCGGAUAUGCUACACUUUUUGAAAACAAGGCGCUUUACGCUAUUGUUACGGAAUGGAGUCUUUAUCAAAUGGAAAUUAUCGUUACUUUACCGGCAUGGCUGCAGCUGUUAAUCAAUGUGAACUUACGGUGCAUUGUGUUUGGCACUUUGAAGAAAAGCAGCACAACCCGAGAAACUCAGAGAACUAGAACUUCCGUACAUGCAUGGAGAUAG